GCGGGCACAGGCAAGCAGAGGGGUGAAAGGUCAUAAAUAUGGCGCUGGCCUCCCGUCUGCUACUCAGUCCGCUGUUUACUGGGUCCUUUCCCGGCGGRCUUAUCCGACUCCGGGCACCCGGUGCGGCCGAAGUGAGGCUGCGGUUGGCCGGGCUUUGUUACUUCUGCAGCCGCCGCCUAGGCUCCGGAUUGGCGCCGUUCCCUCGCCGCACUUGGAACUUGGAGGCCCUGGUGCUGCCUUCUCCGGGCCGCCGGCGACCCCUGCUCAGCUCCCCGAGACUCCCCGCAGCCCUCGCUGCUUACCCUGUUUGCUCUCGGCGCGACUACAGCACGGAGGAGCAGCCCCAGCAACGCCAGAAAACCAAGAUGAUCAUUCUGGGAUUCUCCAACCCCAUCAACUGGGUUCGGACUCGAAUUUAUGCAUUCCUUAUCUGGGCCUAUUUCGACAAGGAGUUCAGCAUCGCAGAAUUCUCUGAGGGGGCGAAGCAGGCUUUUGCUCAUGUAUCCAAGUUGUUGUCACAGUGUAAAUUUGAUCUAUUGGAAGAACUUGUGGCCAAAGAGGUGCUUCAUGUAUUAAAAGAAAAGGUUUCUUCACUACCUGAUAACCAUAAAAAUGCUCUUGCUGCUGACAUAGAUGAAAUUGUCUAUACAUCAACAGGAGACAUCUCCAUUUACUAUGAUGAGAAAGGAAGGAAGUUCGUUAACAUCCUGAUGUGCUUUUGGUAUCUAACCAGUGCCAACAUCCCCAGUGAAACUUUGAGUGGAGCCAGUGUAUUCCAGGUUAAAUUGGGGGAUCAGAACGUGGAGACUAAACAGCUUCUUAGCGCAAGCUAUGAAUUUCAGAGGGAGUUUACACAAGGAGUAAAGCCUGACUGGACCAUUGCACGGAUUGAACACUCAAAGUUACUAGAAUAAU